AAUAGUUGUUUACAUUCGAUAUUUUUGAGCGUGUCAUAACAUAACCACGUUUUCAGGAUUAAGCAACUAUUGCAGUGUGGGAAGAAUAUUCUGGAAAUAAAGAAACAAUACAAGAAGUGUUAAGGAAUAGGAGAGAACAGCAGCAAUGCCUCUUAUAGAAGAAAUCACUUCAGAGCCGUCAACAGGGGGAACAUCAACCUCCACAAAUGUUCAGAUUGAAGUAGUGGACAACCUUCCUCAGCAGACAGGGAAAGGUCAAGAAACAUUAGACAAUAGAAAGCCAGAUACAGUCAAAGAUAAAACAGAUAACAACUGUAAUGGGAAAGAUUCAACAGACAAAGAAAACCAACAGCCGGAGAACAAGAAUGACAACAACCAAAAAGAACAGACAGACAAACAGACAACAGAAGACAACAAACAAGUAGUUAGGACAGAAGAGACUAAGACAAGCUGGCCAAGAAUAACAAAGAAGUUUCUGAGGCAGCACUGUAAGGACCUGAAGCUCUACUUGACACCUGAACUAAAUGACGUUCUUUAUCUUCAUUAUAAAGGUUUACAGAAGAUUGAAAAUUUAGAAGCAUACACUGGACUUCGUUGUCUGUGGUUUGAGUGUAAUGGUAUCAGGAAAAUCGAGAACCUAGACCAACAGGGAGAACUAAGAUGUCUGUACCUACAACAAAACAUGAUUGAAAAGAUUGAAAAUCUGGAGCCCCUCCAAAAACUGGAUACUCUCAACCUCAGUCACAAUAUUAUCAGGAAAGUGGAAAAUCUAGAUUGCCUCCCAGCUUUGAACACCUUGAAUCUUUCCCACAAUCGACUAACUGAUGCCAACUCCUUAGAACAUCUUGCUAAACUCCAUACAGUCAGUGUCCUUGACCUUGCACAUAACAGAAUAGAAGAUCCCAAGGUCAUUGAUGUUUUCGAACAAAUGCAGAACUUGAAAGUACUAAAUUUAAUGGGAAAUGGCUUACUGAAACACAUCAAGAAUUAUAGAAAGACUUUAAUUGUCCGACUGAAAACCUUAACAUACCUGGAUGAUAGACCUGUGUUUCCCAAAGACAGAGCAUGUGCAGAAGCCUGGGGUAGAGGAGGGGUGGAAGCAGAGAGAGAAGAAAGAGAAAGAUGGAUUGACCAUGAGAGGAGGAGAAUACAAGAGAGUGUUGAGGCAAUGCUCAGCAUCAGACGGAAAAAUGAGAAAGAGAAGAUAGAAAAAGAGCGUAAAGAACAGGGCUUGGAGGGCGAGGUGGAUGAAGAGAGUGUGGAUUGGCUGACAGGAAAAUAUAGAAUGAAGGGGGAAGAGGCAGAGGAGUCUAAUUCUGAUGUGGAAGAACCCACUGUUAUUACAGGCAAAGCCCCCAUCUCAGAGAAAGGCAUCUUCUCAGCAUCCAAAGAGUCUUCAAAUGAAGAUAGCACAAGACUCUUCAUAACAGAGAUUUCUGACAAAAAGAGCAAGAAUGACUUAGAUGAUCUUCCAGAUCUAGAAGAUGUUGAUGUCAAUGAAGAACAACUGAUCACUAUGGCACAGCAGAAAAAGACCACAUACAAGCCAAAGAUUGAGGUCCUGUCAGACAGCAGUGACAGUGAGGAGGAGACCGAGGACACCACAGAACAGCCAUUCAUCCAGGAAUCCAGCACCUCAAGGGGACCUCAGACUGAAGUGGUAUCUGAUCAGGGUAGUCGCUCAAGCAGACUGCUGAUUGAAGAAAUUCCCACUGAAAAAGAACCUAGACUUACAGGUGGAAAAUCUAAAGUAUUUGGAGCAUCUGGAGCAGAGAUCAAUCUGGAUGCCAUCACUCCAGAAAUUCCAGGAUCAUAUGACAUGCAGGCCAGGGCUCAGUCAAUGCAGCUCCUGCAGGGUCUUGGGGCACUCACAGGGUCUCGGGUGUCAAAAACAGGAAGGACGGACUUUUCAGAGAUGGAAGAGGCUUCAAAGAAAAUGACAAAAGAGGAGAAAAUUCAGGAUCUGGCAGCGAACAUUGGAUCUACGACUGUUGAUCCAUCUAUAAAAGACUGGGAUGAUUCAGAACUAGAUUGACAAUGUUCUGCAAUUUAAGGAUUUUCUGAACUUUGAAAAAAAAAUUACCUGGCAUAAGUUGUGGAAGUUAAUUCAGUUCCACAAAAAUUAUGUUUUGCAAAUUGAAAUGUUUCAUCACAAAGCUCCAAGUUUUACUUCAUAUUGUUGAUGAUGAUUUUAAAAUCCUGCAGGAAAUGCGAAGUUCACAAAUACAAAUUCAUUUACCAUCUGUAUUUUCUUCUGUUUGUUGCAAGAUUGCCAAGAAUAAACACCUUUUCACUGGUUGUUCUUGCUCGUUAUAGAGCUACCAGGAUGUAAUAUCCAACAGCAUUCCGUCCGUAUAUGUCAUUUUAUAAUUUGAAUGUGUUCAGUUGGUUUUUAUUGUAAUAAAGUUGUUAAUUAAUCAAGUAAAUUUUAUUAGUAAUAGUUAAUCAAACAUUU